AUGUUGUACCCUGUUUUCCUUAUCUUCCUUUUGUGGUACUCUUUUCGUUACACAAUAGCUGUACCCUUUCAUUUUCUGCCACCACCCCUGUUGGUCACUUGCUCAAAUCCACAACAUCGUGUCUACCAGAAACAUAACAAUGAACUUAGUUCUUCAUGCUUCUGGGAUGGGAAAAUUGACCUGAAGUAUUCAAGAACCCCAGCACUGAGGGAAGAGCCUGUCGAACCUCCCCCACACUGUAAGUGGUACCGGGACUCCAGAUUGAUAAAGAAUACGAAUCACUGGUCAGGCCAGCUGGUGGUGGAUACAAGUCUGGAGGCAGGAAGCCCCCAUCCGCCAUGGGCCUUUACUCGUAUCACAGUACAGUGUCUGUCAGCUUUGUGCCACAUCCCCUUGUGUGCUCACAAGAACCUCAGCAUUGAAAUUUCUAGGCAGGAUGUCCGUCUCUUCCUCUUCUCACCACAGUCUCUUCCUAUCCUUGAAUGGCAACCAGUGCAGUUAGGCUGGUGUGCACGCCUGAAGAGUUCCAGCUGGAACUACCAUUUCAAAUGUCAAGGGGGUCAGCCUGCAGACCAGCUCAUCCCCAGCAACCAGCACAGUGAACCACCUUCAUCAACUACUUAUCCCCAUGCAGAAUUGCACCGAGUGUGUGCAUCAUAUUAUAGCUACCACAUGACAGUGUUCUAUCCCCACCGUGGACUCUACACUGCUUCUCUCCAUAUUGAAAAUGGGCCUCAACUCAGCCGUAGUCUGGACUUGUAUGUGCAGCCUGCUCUCCUCUAUGUGUUCAGCGCCUCUUCCACACGGCCCAGUCCCCCUCAUAGAACCCUCAACCUGUCCUGGACUCUCCAGCCUCUCAGCUCCAGAACUACGGCUUACACAUUGGUAGAUAUGCAGGGUCUGGAGGAAUGGUCUCUCUCUUACAAUCCAUUUGCUGUGCCAAGUGAUUUCUGUGCUGUACCCAGAUCACAGAAUUCCAGGGAGAAGGUGGUGGCCAGCAUCUACUUCCUCACCAAUGGGAUAAAAUCUGGAGAGUUGACAGGAACACUUGAUUUCUCCCACAAGACUCUGAUUUUCAGAGCAAGUGAUGCAGCUCCAUUUUACCUCACACUCAACCCACAGAAAACCCAAGUAGGCACUUACAUUUUUAGUCAUGCACUGGGGCUCUACUAUUUCAUACAAGAACAAAGUAUUACCAAGAGCACUGCUCAGAGCUCCAGCUCUCACAAGAUUUUUUACCAGCAGCAGAGCCUCUCAUACCUGUUCAUCAUAGAAUUUGUGGAGCAAGAAUGGUAUAGAUUUAGCAUGCACUUAUAUUUGAACCAAAGGGAGGCUCUCUUCAAGUCUUUAGGAGAAAAGGAUAUAGAAGUUCUCAUUUUCAGUGGGUAUUCUCCUGAUGAAGGAUUAGCUUAUAUUGUGUGGUUUAUUCCUGUGCAGCAUCCAUGGCUGCAAUGCGAGUGGGCCUUCAAUUUGCAACUUUUUGAUUCCACCAAACAGCACCUCCUUUGGAACAACACAUACACAUACAGGAAUCAGGUAAAACAUGCCGCUCAUUUUCUUUCCAACCCUGCUCUAUCCUUCAGACCAGCACUAUACACAGGCUUUGUAGCAGAAGUGAACUGCAGAAAAAGUGGACUUCCACAUGCUGUUUUAAAAGCUAAAAUCAAUAUUUAUGCUUCAAAAGUUAUGGAGUCAACAGUGGCCUGCCACAAGCGUUACUGUACUGAACUGGAAGUCAGUAUCCAGAAACCUGAUCCCUCUGAUGUUGUCAUACAUUAUAAGACAAGGUCAGCAAUUACCUUGCAAGCAACUGCUGAGGCAGUGUGUAUGCUGCCCAUACAGUUAGAUAUUGUCUGGAAAAUCUACAGCAUUAAAACUGCAGGAUCCACUCCGGAUUGGGCAAAUUUUCUUAAGCUACCUGAUGAUAUAGACAAACAUACAAGUGUGUUUCAUAUACCUAAAAAUGUCCUGCUUUAUGGCUUUUAUCAUGUUAAUUUGACCAUGACAAUAUAUAUCCCUGCACACAGAAUGACACUCAAGGUCACUGAUUCAGUAGUCCUCCAAAUUCUGGAAAGUGACUUAGUGGCAAUCAUAGCUGGAGGUUUCUUCCGGACAGUUGGUAGUACUGAUCGUUGGACUUUGGAUGCAUCUGCUUCCUCUGAUCCUGAUUCAACUAAUCCCCUUGAAGGAAUCCAGUUUAACUGGUAUUGCACCAAAUGGGAAUUGGACUAUUCCAUAAUGAGGCUGACUCCAAGUAAAAAAUGCCAUCCACAUCAAGUUGAUUUACUCUGGACAAAUUCCACCAGAGCAGUUCAAAUAGUGGAACCAAAUACAUUGCAGGAAAACAUGAAAUAUUACUUUAUGCUAAUGAUUCUGAAACGGCACAAAUCCGCAUUUGCAUCCCAAACUGUUCACGUUCUUCCUGGGUCAGUACCAGUGCUAAAUAUUACCUGUAUUGAAAAUUGUGGGAAAGCCAUCAAAGUAACAGAAAGGUUUGUCCUGUCUGCAAGAUGUCUAGACUGUGAAGAGACACAAACAGUUUACCUGUGGACACUAUUUUCAGAAAAUUUCAAGGAAAUACAUUUUGACUGGGCUUCCAAAACAACAUCUGGGAGGUCAAGCCCAUACAUGUUUAUAAAUUCCUUGGCAUUCAGAUAUAUGACAGAGAAAUUCUACAUUCUCAGCCUAAAAGCAAGCACUCAAGGCAGACCAUCAGCUGUUUACAGAUAUUCAUUUCAUGUCAACUCUCCCCCGAAGACUGGAAAAUGUAGCAUUUAUCCAAGAGAAGGGACAGCACUUCAUACCAAAUUCAUUAUCCGGUGUAUGGGAUUUCAAGAUAAGCACGGGCCUCUUAUGUAUAAAGUGAUAGCACAUUCCGAUCUAACAAAAAUGACAAAAAUCUCAUCCCUGGAGAAUAAUACAUUUGGAAUAAUAGUUUAUAUUGGUCAUCUGCAGGAAACUCCUCCAUCAUUUCUCCCCACUGGUAUAGCAUCCGAACAGUACACUUUGGUAAUAUAUGUUCAAGUGUAUGAUACCUAUGGAGCAUUUUCUCAAGUAACUUUGCAGGCAACUGUGCAUGAUCCCAGAAGAAUUAAGCCAUAUAACAUUAUUCUCAAUGAACUACAUAGUUUAAUCAAUGGGUCAAGUGGCCCUAUGUCCCUUUACCUUAAAACUAAAGAUUACAUUAAGAUAGGGUCCCUUAUAUAUACAGUGACUUCUGUAUUAAAUAAUAUUGAGGCUUCACCAGCCAUUCAUCACUCAAAAACCGAUUUGCGGAAAACACUCCUUCAUAUGUCUGCAGAGAUUCCUGUGACUGUGGCAGAGAUAAUAAACCAAGUGGUCGCAAGUAUUUGUCAAAUAACACAGGAAGUCAAUGAAAUAAAAGGGGAAUCAAAGCUGCUUGCAGUCAGAAAACUAAAAGAAGCCAGUGAAGCUCUAAAAAGGCACAGAGACUUAGGUUCUAAGGAAAUGGAGAUCCUUGGCAAUGGUAUUUUUACUGGUCUAUCCAAUGUGCACAGAGCUUCUCUCUUGGACCAUGGGGAUGUCAAUGUACACACAAUUAAAGGAGUGAUUGCUGUGUCAGAAAUAUUAGCAGAUCUCAUUUUACAAGGUAAAGUCCCUGGAGAACAUGACAUUAAAAUUGAAGCCAAAAGUUGGUCCAUUCACUUAUGGAAGAAUGAAAAGUGGGAAGUUUCUAGAACUUUUUCUAAGAAAAGAAAUUGCAUGAAUUGCUUUUAUCCUAAACUAAGCAAGGAGAACCUUGCUGAGUUACCAGUAGAUGCUGUGGUUUCUACUGUUCAUUAUGUGUUUCAUGAGAAUCCUUUCCCUUGGAUGGCAAGCGCAGCCGAUAUUAGCACAGCGGUGAGUGGAUUCAGAAUGGUAGGAGCCAAAGCUAAUGGUGAUCCUGCAAGGAUCACCCCUGAGGUAACUGAAGCAAUCAUGGCUAGGAAAAAUAUGGACUUGACAGCAUUCAAUCUAACAGUAGGACCGGACAAAAAGUUAUCUAAAACAAUUGGUGGUUUCAGUAUUGAGAUAAAGAGAAACUCUAAAGACAUCUUUAUCCAGAUUCUGUGUGAUAUGGAAGUUACGUUCAAUGUAUCUAUCUAUCUAGGACUUAAUGUCAGUGGUCCUCCAAUAGUGUUAUAUAUUGCUUUCUCUGACAAGCCUCCAAUACUAGUUGAAACAUAUUUUAACUUCCCUGACUGUGCAAUUAAGGUUCCAUAUAUACUUUGUCUUCCUUGGACAUUACUGAGGUCUCUACUCCAAGGCAGUAGAGCAAACAGGUGGAAUAUUUCAGUUGUCUUAUUGUCUCACCCAAUUGUGAGAGCCCAAACCAAAAAAAUUGUUCGCAUUGCUGUUUUCACUGCUGACUGUCUAGAUCUAGAUGGAAUUCGAAGCCGGUGGAAUGAAGGAACAUGCAGCCUUGGUCCUCAGACAACCUGGUCCAAGAUACAUUGCAUCUGUGAAGCAAAUACACAUAGCAGAAUAGCAACCAGUCGCCAAUUUCCAGACACUUUGAUUCCUGACAUUGCAUUUUUGGGUGGCAAACUACACUUAUAUCCUAAUCCUUUAGAUCUGAAUAAGGUCCUCUUAGCAGAAUUUGACAGAAAUCCAGUGACAUUGUUCACUGUGUUUUUCAUUUUUGCAGGCUACAUCUUCUGUCUUUCCUGGGCCAUGAUCAAAGAUAAAGCUGAUUUGAGAAGAAAAGAUAAAAUACUGGUCUUACCAGACAAUGAUCCCUACCACAGAAGGCCUUAUGUGGUCACCAUAUACACAGGGAGUCGGUUGGGAUCAGGAACCACAGCAGACGUUUUUCUUGAAUUAAUAGGUGAGAACGGAGCCAGUGAUGUUCAUCACAUAACACACCCAAAGUUCCCCACUCUUUUUCGUGCAGCUGUAGACACCUUUCUUUUAACUACCAAGCAUGAUUUAGGGGAUAUUUCUUCCCUUCACAUCUGGCACAAUAAUGCUGGUUCUUCCCCUGACUGGUAUCUAAGCAGAGUCAAAGUACUAAAUGUGCACACUAAUGAAUACUGGCUGUUUCUGUGUAGAAGCUGGUUUAGUCUUGGCAAAACUGAUGGCAAAAUAGAAAGGUCAUUUGUUCCUAGAAACAUAAAAACACAGUUAAAUAAAAUGGACCACUUUUUGAUAAAACUUGCCAAAGACUUGGAAGACACUCAUAUAUGGCUUUCAGUAUUUGCUCAGGUUGUCACCGGUUCUUUCAACAGGGUGCAGAGAGUAUCUUGUUGCUUAGUAAUAAUGCUCAAUAAUCUACUAUUUAACAUCAUGUUCUUCAGUGGUGAAGCAGUCAAAGAGGUUCUUUCAGUUCAGCAACGGUAUCUGAAAUCCAUGUAUAUUGGAUUUGUGAGUGCUUUGUUUUCUAUCCCCUUACACGUGACUAUAACCAUCUUAUUUAGAUAUUCUGAGGAGAAGCCUUCAGCACAAAGCACAGGUGAGAGUGGGACAAAAGGAACACUCCCUUCUUUGUCCAGUGCCUUUUUGGACUUUUCUAGUUCAACAGAUACUUCAGCAGAUUCUCUAAGGUCAAAUGCAGAGCAAAAGAACAACAGAACAUUAUCAGAACACAACAUGAGUGACAAUACUGUAGUUGCCAAGGACACAGAUACUACUGACAUAAAAAAGAGGGCCCCCAUCUUGUUGUUUUUGAAAAGGCCACGAUUUGCAUGGUGGUGGAGAUAUGUCGCUUGGACAUUGGUCUUUUGCAUGUCUGCAGUUUCUUCAUGUUUCAUUAUAUUAUAUGGUUUGACCUAUGGCUAUACAACAUCAAUAGAAUGGUUUAUUGCAUCCAUGACAUCAUUUUGCCAGAGUGUGUUUUUGCUGCAAACCCUAAAGAUGGUUCUCAUCUCAGCUAUGACUACGAUUGGUAAGAAAACCUAUAAAAGCAUCUCCUGGAUAAGCACAGAACAAUACCAGGAGAUGCAGCUCAUUACAGCAGGCAAGGAUGAUAAGGAUAAGAGGGAUAUUCACCAUGAACUUGUCCAAGUCAGGUGCAGCAAACAAUAUGGGCCUUUAAAAGAGGAAGAACUUAUCCCCUUCAGGAAAAAAGUAAGAGCUCAACAAUUAGCUUGCAUUUUUGUGAAGGAUGUCAUCUGUCAUCUUCUCUUCUCUUUCUGCAUUUUCCUUAUUGCAUACUCUACAGCACCCACCACCACUUAUUAUUACAAUAAAGCUAUACAUAAUAAAUUCUCCCUUGGUCUCUCUAAAAUACACAAGUUGGAGCAUAUCUACAUGUGGAUCAGUGAUGUCUUUGUGCCACUGAUACAUAAUGACUAUCAACCCACCUAUCUUUCAGAGCCUUCAUCUAAAAUUCUUGGAUUGCCCAGGAUGAAGCAAAUAAGAGCACAAAAUACCAAAAAGUUAUGUUUUCAUCCAGAAAACAUUAUAAAUAACUAUGUGAUUACUAAAAGUCAUUGCCGUCAUGGAUAUAACAUGGAUCAAGAAGAUCGAAGUGACUAUCAUGAGUCCUGGACAAUCCCAGCCCAUAAAUCAGAUUCCCAAGCCCCCAGCAGUUUUCACGGAUUUACCUACCAGUCAGACAUUGUUCAGUGGGAAUAUAAGUCUUAUGGACUUUUAAAUACAUACAGACCUGGGGGAUACACCUUUUAUUUUUUUCCUCGAGAACAAAAGCCCAAUACAACAUUGAGGCUGGACAAUUUGAGAAGGAACAACUGGCUUGAUGAGCAUACCUGGGCAGUGAUUUUUGAGCUAACAACAUUUAAUCCAGAUGUUGAUCUAUAUUGCAGCAUUACCAUUAUGUUUGAGACUACUAAUAUUGGUGUUGUUAAUACAAGUUUGUCAGUUCAUUCUUAUAAACUCUCUAUUUUCAGAUAUCAAGCCAAAAGUCAGAAGGCUAUGUACGUAAUUAUGGUCUGCAUUCUUAUUUUCUACCUUGCUGAUGAAUUUAACAUGUUACGUCAGGACGGGAUAGGCUAUUUCAAAACAGCUACUAACUUAAAUAAUUUUGCAGUGAAGACAAUCUGUAUCAUUUUUUUCUUGCUAACUGUACUGAAAUACAACCUGGCUUUUACCUUGCUGGAAUUUUAUCUGCUCCAUCCAGAAGAAUUUGUACCCUUCCAUGUAGUUUCUCAAGUUGAUCAGCUCUAUAGGAUGGUUACAGGUGUUCUAACCUUUUGUCUGGUUUUGAAAUUAUACCGCUAUUUCAGAUUCAUGUACAGUGUGCGUAUGGCAGAAAAUACUAUAUCAGCAGCCUUUUCUGGGAUUGUUUGUUUAACUAUAAUUGCAGUUAUAUUGUUUUCCAUGUUCAUGUCAUUUGGGUUCCUAAUAUUUGGUGAAUAUGAGUGGAGUUAUAAUUCUUUGAUUCAUUCUCUCCAAACUGUAUUUUCAUACUGUUUUUCUGGACUAAAAAACACAGGUAUUGUGACCUCCAAUAGGUGGCUGGCAAUAUUUUUCCGAGCUUCGUUUAUGUUUGCAAUGAGAUUUAUUUUCAUCAAUUUAUGGAGAGCCCUAAUAACCUCUACUUAUUUCUCAGUGAAGCAACCUGUCUAUGAACAACAUUCUGAUGAAGCAGAAGCAAUAAAUUUCUUGGUUCUAAAGGUCAAGAGCAUAGGGUUUUCCAUUACCCAACAGGAACCAUCUGCAAGUGACAGUGACUAUGCCAACACAGUAAUAUAUGGAAAAACCAUGACUACAGAUAAUCAACAACGAAGGUUGAUAAGCAAGCAAAUGUAUGGCCAGAACAAAGUUUAUCUUUCUGUUUGAGAAAGACAUUUGUAAACAGAAUAAAUUCCAUGACAUUUGUGUCCUCAGCUGAUCUCUAGCAUUUUUUUAAAAAUAUGCUUACAUAGAAUAAUAGAAUUGCAGAGUUGGUAGGAGCCAAGAAGGCCAUCGGGUCCAACCUCCUGCUGCUGCUGCUGGUCACCAAUUUAUACCAUCCUAUUCAGUUGACUGUCCAUAAUCUCAACAGUAUUUCAUUCUCCUUCUUUGUAAGUAUUUCCUCUGAUGUUCCCUUUCUGUUGAUUCUUUUUGGGAUGUUAAGUACAUAUUAACUCUGAUAAUGUCAUAUGUCAUAAUGAGAAGAUACACACCAUCUUGUUAUGUCAAUAUUUUACUUUGAUGUCAGUCAGCCCAUUAAAUGCAAGAAAGCAUUUAAUUUGUACACUUGCUCUCUGAUCCAUAUGAACAUUGUUCUGUCACCUAAAGAAAAGCCAUGCAGUAGUGGGAUAAAUUCAUAAAUGAGCAAUAAUUUGAAUUAUUACUCAUUGAAUAUUGAAAUUGAAUACUCAUUGAAUUGUUGAAUGUAUUAUUACUAGGCAGUAUGGCAAAAAGAUGAGGCUAAAUUUAGGUACUAGUUCCAGUUCCUGUUUUGCAUGAAAAUUCAAAAUGCUGCUUAAUCAGUAGCCAUAAUGAAGAGUUGAUUUUAUAUAAUCCUGCAUCCUAAAUGGGCUUUGACCUACCCAGAAUUGUGGGGCUGGGGGCCAGUUCCCUUCAAGUUUAGCAACGGUCCUCCCCAAUCAAAAUGCUUUCUUUGUACGGGGAGCAACCCUGUGCCUGCUUACAUUGUCCAGAGCGUAAUUGAAUACUGGGGAUUGCCCCCCUCCAAGG